CUUGCACGGCUGUCUCGACGAUGCACGGCGGCGAGCAUUGUUCUUGCGAGAGCGUCCCCGCCCGCUGCGGGUUUGAUCCGGAAGCGGGGGCUGCUGGGCCUCGAUCGGCCGGUUGGUGGGCUCGGCCGAGAAAGCUCGGCCAUGAUCGAACCUCUGCCGGUCUUGCGGUUGCCUUCCCAUCCCGCUGCCGUUGCAUCCUCCCCUCCCUGCCGGAGCUUUAGUGGACCAGCCCACUUACCCAUCCGCCAGAACCCAUGUCCAAGCUCGAGCCCGCCGACGUGCUGUUCUUCCAGAGCCUGAUGGACGUCAUCUCGGACGUUUUGCGGCCUUUCGGACUUGGGAUCGCCCCGAUCGAGGAGCAGCUCCAGACGAUUGACGAUCGAUAUGCACAGUCGCUGCAGUCGCCGACGACAAGCCAGUCUGUCCACGACUAUUUUGUCCUCGUCGGCCAACUGCAGAAAGUCCUGCCGCCCUCCCUUCGAGGAAGCCACAAGCGAAAAUAUGACGAGAGCGUGGGCGAAGAAACGAGGCCGUCCGAAAGCAACUCGCAGCAUGUAUUGACAAAGGACGAGAUGGACCAAAGAAUCGAGUCGCUGAUCCAGAACAAGCGGAGUCAGAUCAACGAGAGCAAUACGGUCGAGUUUCUGAAGCCUGGUGCGGCCAAGGAGGAGUAUUCGUGUGCCCGAGCGGAUGCCAAGGACCUCAACCGCAGCAUCCAGAUGAAGACGAAUGUGGCCAUGAACUUUGAUGGCCCGCUCUCGCGGUCGAUGCAGCGGAGCCGGAUAGCGAAGGCGGAAGCGAAGGGAGCCGGCCCGGACCUCAAACAACGGAUUGCCAACAUCGAGUCGCACCUCAAUAUUGAGUUUGCAAACUCCAUGAACCCAAUGCAACGCAUCAAGGCCAUCGAAAAUACUCUUAUCCGACUGGAACGAGAGUAUCCCGCAUGGGCAGCCUUUCAUUUCAACCAACCGGAUCCAUAUAACGAGAGCUCGAUCCCUCCACCGCCGGUGACGGUUGCGACGACGACACCUCAAGGCAGCGUCAACAUCACAACGAUGCCGCACACCCGUACCGACCUAGCAUCGGUUGCCGGUACAGGACUAGCAGCCGGCGGACGAACCAAGUCCGAGGCAGGCCCAAGCCAGCCCGGGUCGCCGGUGAGUUGCGUUGUCGGCCGGCAAGUGGGCGUUGGUGGCGCUCGGGACUGGUGCGAAGGACAGCUGGAGCAAAACAGGGCAGCAUCAGCCGGGCCUGUUGUGGGUCUGGUCUGCAUCGUCUCCUGACCGAAUCGUAUCCGGGACAGACCUCAGGCAUGCAGUACAUCGAGAAGCGUAUCCAGAUGCUGCGGAGCAUGCUGAAGGAGGACCCG